AUGACUGAAACUUUGAAAGGUUUGGACGAUACCGAAAUAGCCUCUUUAUACGAAAAAAUACACAAGGAAGGUACAUUAGAAUUAACCCGUAGAUACCCGAGCCCUAAACAAAAUGCUAAGCAGCCUAAGCCUGAUCAGAGUCAUGGCCAAAAUAAGCUAAUAACAGAGGCCAGGCACCAAAGUCAAACUAUUCAAGAAAGCAGUAGCUUUGAUAUAUUCGAUGAUAUCGAUGCGGAAGAGGACUUACUACGGCCUGUUAAAAUAACUUCCAUGACUAACAGAAGUAAACGUGAUAAAAUGACAAGAUUUGACGAUGUUUUGCAAAGCAUCGCAAGAAUGAAACAUGGAGAUAUCAGUAAGGAAGAUUAA